AUGAUUUAUAUUUAUAUUUUUGCUGCCCUCCUUGUUGUAGCCUUGAUCAAAUUAAUAUGGACAAGCCUUAUUAGUCCCAAGGCUCCGAGUGCCUUAGAGCCCAAGCAUAAGCGGGAAUAUUUAAAUUGCUAAUUGAUAGAGAAAACCAAAUUGAGUCAUGACACAUAUAAUUUUAAAUUUGCUCUUCCAUCUAAGAAACACGCAUUGGGAAUCGAAGUCGGAUAGCACAUCAUCUUACAGUAAUAUAAUUUCAUUAAUUUAAAAGUGAGCAAAUAAAAACAAAGGAGUAUCCAGAAGGGGAGUUGGUGGAGAGGAAGUACACUCCAACUAGUCCAGUUGACUAGAAGGGCAAUUUCGAUCUAUUGAUUAAGAUCUAUAGAGCAAAUGAGCAUCCUAAAUUUCCUGAUGGAGGUAAAUUAACUUCUUGGAUUGAAAAUAUGAAUGUAAAAUUAUUUGAUAUUUUCAGCCAGGAGAAUCUAUUCACAUUACUGGUCCUGGAGGUCGAUUGAUGUAUUUGGGCUACGGAAAUGUUUAGAUCAAUAAAAUGCCAUAAUUAUAUAGAAAGAAAUAUAAAAGAAUCGUGAUGAUUGCUGGUGGAUCUGGAAUAACCCCUAUGUAUUAGAUCAUUCAAGCUGUGGUUAAGAAUAAUAAUGAUAGAACUCAGUUAGCAUUGCUUUUUGCCAAUAAAUCUGAAGUAUUAAUUAUUUAUUCUAUCAUGAUAGUCAGACAUUUUGUUGUACAAUUAGUUGAAGGCAUUUGCCUCUUUGAAAAAGUUGACUCUGCACUUGACUUUGGACAAUGUAAAUAUGGUUGUUAAUUUAUGAUUAGCCUCCAGCGUAGUGGAUAGGCUUUUCUGGAUUUGUCACAAGAGAUAUGACUGAACAGGCAUUUGGUAAAUUGGAUAGUCAGACAUUGGCUUUGACUUGUGGACCUCCUAUGAUGAAUUCAUUGGCUAGAACAAAUUUCUAGUCAUUGGGAAUGAAUAGUGACGAUAUUUUUGAGUUCUGAGAAGAGAAUAAAGUGUCAAUUGACAGUUUAAUAUAUAGAAAU